AUGCAUGGCCUGCGAGCCCAAAGAUGGUGCAUUGUGAUUGGUCCACAAGCUGCUGACGUGGGAGGAAGACCCCUAACAAAGGCAGGAAAUCAGGAUGCCACCAAAAGCUGUGAAAUUUUGUUGAUGUCAUCUGAUGUGGAUUCUCUGCAAGUGAAAUUGGAAAGCAACAAAGCAUGGCCAACGUUUCUUGAAUUGUGA